AUGGCCGCUGAAACCGCUCGAUCUGGCCUGGCCGUCGGCCUCAACAAGGGUCACAAAACCACUCCCCGUGUCGUCAAGCCCCGUGUUUCCCGAACCAAGGGUCACCUGAGCAAGCGCACCGCUUUCGUCCGUGAGGUCGUCAAGGAGGUCGCUGGCCUUGCCCCCUACGAGCGCCGAGUCAUUGAGUUGCUCCGCAACUCCAAGGACAAGCGUGCCCGUAAGCUCGCCAAGAAGAGACUCGGUACCUUCGGCCGUGCCAAGGCCAAGGUCGACGAGCUCCAGCGCGUCAUCGCUGAGGCCCGCCGUACUGGUCACUAA